AGACACAGCAGGAGCCGUGAACUGCCAACUUUUUGAAUAACAAAAGGCAUGGAGACCAGUGGCGCCAGCUGGGCGGAUGGACACUGGGAGACACCGCCAGGGCGGAGGAGUUCCGACCUUGUUCGCAGGGGAGGAGGACUUCCGACCUUGUUCCCAAGGGCGGAAGACCGAGACUUGCGCGCCCUUGGACUGGCAGCGGAUAAGAGCCCAGGGGUUCCUUUGUUGCGGGCCUCUUCAGAAUCCUCAGCUCGACCUGUUUUUAUGUCCCUGCGCCGUGAAUAAAUUGGUUUAUGGAACUAGACGUAUGCGACUCUGCUACGGGAAACCUGCGGUCGAACCGGGACAUGAAGCCUGGACAGAAAUAAAGGCAAGGACAAAGGCUCCUGCUCCAGUAACGAGUCGCUAUUGAACGGAACGGAAGGCGGCUAAAAUAGUACCUCUCCACCGCACGGAAAGGUAAGCGAUUGUGGAAUAAGGGCAGAUUUAAAAGCUCGGAGACCAAAAAGAGAUCCUUCAGAUCAAAACAAAGGCUGCUUUAAGCACCCAGGGGCCAAACUAAGAACCCCACUACAAAACGACUGGCAAAUAGCUGCGCACAUCAAAAAGACUGCUUAGGAAAUGGGAUCCAAAAUGUCCUCAGAACAAAAGACAGUUUACAAACAGAUGAAAUGCCUGCUUAAACAACAUGGGCUCGAAAUAGAAGACCCUUCUUUGCAAAAUUUACUCCUGUGGGCACUGCAGAAUCAUCCCGGGUUGAAUGCUACUAAUGUCUUUGAUGACGUGGAAUGGGAUCUCAUUGGUGUCAGGCUAUCGGACUCUGCGACAAAGGGAGACAAACAGGCUGCCAGCCUUCUCGGAACCUGGAGGGCAGUCUUUCAGACUUUAAAUUCCCACACAGCUAAAAAGUCGUUACCCUCUGAAUCUGUCAUUACCGAUGACUCCAGCCACCCACCAGAGAGUGCGGCAGAGGAGGAGCUUGCCCCACCCCCCAUACCACGGGUACACGCUGCGGGGGAGUGCCAAAAUAGCGGCGGCUCCUCUGCACCCCUGUCACUGAACAACUCUAAAGUCCCUACUGCCCAGGGCCCUAAUGAAAAUUCAAGGGAUUUCAAUCCCUUUGACUCUAAAAAGGAGCUCAGUUUAUGUCUUCCUGACCCUCGUGAUAGAUGGGCACAAGUGAGGCAGGAGGCUGCUGCAGCAGGAGACAUAGAAAUAUUGCAAUAUCUUCCUCAUCCGCCCCGCUGGGAAAAUAUUCCGUAUCAAGUCGUAAAAGAAUUGCAAAAGUCAGUCACUGAUCAUGGCUUAACUGUUCCGUUUACAAUGAGGCGGUUAGAGAUUGUGUUUGAUUCCUUUACUUUAAUCCCACUUGAUUGCGAAGCAAUUGCAAGAAUUAUUCUCACUGCACUGCAAUUUAGUAUUUUUAAAACUGAGUGGAGUUAUUUGGCUGAGAGAGCUGCUGCAGAAAAUGCAACCAGUCUAAAUCUAAAUAAUCUAACAGCACAGCCUAUAAUUAGUAUGGAAAUGCUUCUGGGGACAGGACCCUUUGCCACUCCAGCAGCGCAAGCCCAACUGCCAAUUCAUGUUCUGAACGAAGCUAAAAGGCUAGCUUGUCGAGCUUUUCGCAGUGUUCCGGAGGCUGGGACGGCUCGUCUGUCUUUUGUUACUAUUCUUCAGGGACCGCAAGAAACAUUUAUGGAAUUCACUAAUCGUUUAAAAGAUGCAAUUGACAAACAAGUUGGGAAUGAUACGGCAGGAGAGAUUUUGUUCAAACACUUUGCAAUAAAGAAUGCUAAUAUAGAUUGCCAAAAAAUGUUACAAGCCUUACAGAACCCCACAAUUUCGGAAAUGCUUCGAGCCUGUCAAAAUGUGGGUUCACAUUCUCAUGAAAUGACUGCUUUAGCCGAAGCAUUAUCCGCUUUAAGAGGAUCUUCUUCGUCUCAGCUAUGCUAUGGCUGUGGUCAGCCUGGACAUUUUAGAAAGCAUUGUCCGAACAAAAAACCUACCAGACAGCCUGGUUUAUGCCUGCGCUGCCGCAAAGGUUUUCAUUAUGCUAAAGAGUGCCGCUCAAAAUUUACCCGGGAAGGUAAACUGCUUCCUCCACAGGGAAGGGGUAAAGAACAGUCGGGAAACUUAAAGGUGAGUGCGUCGGGACCCCAUGCGAUGGCAGCAAGUGCUCCCGAGUUUCAGCCCAGCCACUCGUACUAGCCAGCACCUUACGAGCACCCACCAUGGAUGAUAUUUUGAUCUGUGCAGCUACAGUAGAAUUGACACAGCUAGUGGUGAAAGUCAUAAUUGCAGCAGUCACUGCCUAUGGUCUAAAAAUAGCACCAGAGAAAAUCGGCAAGAUGCUCCUUGGCAUUAUUUAGGGUGGAUAAUAACACAAACAUCAAUUCAAUCACAACAUGUUUCCCUAGAAACAUCCGUACAAACUCUUAAUGACCUGCAAAAAUUACUGGGAGUUAUAAAUUGGCUCCAGCUAGUGUUACGCAUUACUACAGAUGAACUGCACACGUUGCUUACCGUCUUAAAGGAAUGCUCAGACUUAACUUCUCCUGGACAAUUAAUGCCAGAAGCAACCACUUCUGUGCAUACUGUGGAACAAGAACUGAACUCUUGUCAAGGCAAUCGUCGCCUUUUAGAUGAACCAGCAGUUUUAGUUGUCUUAAUGGGACCUGCUCAGCCUUUUGGACUUUUGGGUCAACUGUUAAAAAACAAUUUUGAUUUUUGCUUGUGAGAAUGGCUCUUUCUAGCACAUCAGUUUCCAGAAGCUGUAAUGACUCAAGCAGAAAUGAUUUCACGAAUUCUCCGGAAGGGACGGCUUUGGGAUGUGAUCUACACACAAUAUACUUGCCUUUAACAACAGAAAAUUUGAAAUGGCUAGAAAAAACCAGUUUGGAUUUCCAGACUGCCAUAAUCAAUUAUAAUGGGCAACUGAGUAUUCACUUACCUGCUUGUGCUUUUUUACAGCAACUAAACCACUUGUCAUUGAAGCUGAAGUCUCAUUGGUCCCCGAUCCCCUUAUCAGAUGCACAAACUGUGUUUACUGAUGGCUCUGGACGAACUGGAAAAGCUGUAGUGGUAUGGCAAAAGGAUGGUGUAUGGCAAAAUGAUGUACACCAAUUUAGUUGGGUCACCACAACUUGUGGAAUUUUCCACAGUUGUCCGUGCCCUAAAAUUGUUUCAGGGCCCUCUUAACAUAGCUUCAGAUUCUCAGUAUGUGGUUGGCAUUGUCCAAUGCAUUAAACAUUCCUAUCUCAAAGAAAUAAGUAACAGACCACUGUUUGCAUUGUUUCAAAGGCUAAUGUUUGUGGUUAAUAACAAGACAGUCUCUGUUUUUUUACAGUUUGUGUGUGUUCUCACAUGGCAUUGCCCAGACCAGUGACAGAAGGCAACUGGUGUGCUGACGCGCUUGCAUGACCUGUAAUAGUGCCCCAGUUGUUUGAACAGGCUAAAUUGUCACACAACUUUUUCCACCAGAAUGCAAAGUUUGAAAAACCAAUUCGGCCUUACACUUGACCCAGCCCUUUUUAUCAUUUCAUCCUGCCCAAAUUGUCAACAAAUCACCCCCUUAAUUCCAGAAGGAGUUAAUCCCCAAGAGCUAGAACCACUUCAGAUGUGGCAAACCGAUGUUACCCAUGUACCAUGUUUUGGCAGACUGAAAUGGGUACAUGUCUCUACUGACAUCUUCUCUGGAUUUUUAGUUGAUGCAGCUCAUUCUGGUGAAAAGAGUCAUGAUAUUCAACGCCAUUUUCUUACAGCCUUUGCUCAUAUGGGUGUUCCCAAACAGGUUAAAACUGAUAAUGGACCCUCCUAUGUAUCUGCCUGUACCCGUGAGUUCUUUGCCCAGUGGGGCAUUGGAACAUGUUACAGGAACCCCACACUCCCCUACUGGACAAGCAGUACUUGAACGUGCGCAUUGUAUGCUCAAAGAAAUGCUACAAAAACAAAUUAGGGGGAGUGUGGGGUUGACUCCUCAAGAAUGUUUAAAUAAAGCGUUAUAUGUACUUAAUUUUUAAAAUUGUUUAGUUGAGGACUCUGCCCCAGCUCAAUGCCAUUUUGUUCCAGCACACAACCCGACGGAAGGUAAAGCUGAAGUGCUGUUUAAAGACCUGAGCACAGGGCAUUGGCCGGGGCCUCACCCACUGAUAACCUGGGGAAAAGGUUACGCUUGUAUUUCCAGAGACAAAGGACGUUCCGUUUUGUGCGACCGUAUCUUACACCAUCUUCCUAGUGACAGGAGUGCCUCCUGACUGGACCAUCCCCAGCCAAUGGAACGUCUGGGUGACCCUUGCCAAUGUGAUUGGAACUGACACGUUAUGCCUGUCUGUAGCUACUCUAUCAGAUCCAUUUCGUACGUGCUUGGUAGGCCUUCCACUCUCCAAGGAUCAAUGGAUGGCCUUUUUAAAUAAAUAUUUGUCUCAUUGUUCUUACUUUGACACUUACAAUACACCCCUGGCAGAGUGCACAAAUACGAAAGGGCAAAGAGGGAAACAGCCAAAGGGAGAGUAUAAAGAUCAUUUUCCUACCCGCCCUAUAGAAUCUCAAGGGAUAGAUAUAAUGGGCAGCUUAACUGCCCCCUUUUGUUUUCCAUUUUUACCCUACUGACCUGCAUUCAGAAAAUCCGCUGGCAGUUAAUGUGUCUUCUCCAGGAGUUUAUCAAAAUGACAGCUUUUGGUGUAAACUACCCAGCCCAACUAUCAUUAAAUAUGAGCCACAUUCAGUUGGCUUGCCCGAUGGAAUGUUUUUGAUUUGUUCACAAUGAGUCUGGAGAGGCAUCCCUGGUAAGGCAGAGGGUGGGCCUUGUGUGUUUAGAAAGCUAACACUGUUUAACCCCAGAUAGUUACCCUCAGAUAGACCCUUACGCAGCAGAAGCAAACAAUUUGUGAACCAAUAUGCUUCAGACUGUAAUUCUAGUGUCUACUUUUGUGGUCCACCAAAGAGAGUUUUUGCCAGCCUCAUAUCAGGCAUAGGGACUGCACACACUUUAACUUCUUUAUAGGGACUUGCCUGUUUGCUUACAAAAGAAACUAAUGUUAUUAGUUCAGCUAUUGGUGCCUUAUUAACCGAGGUAGACUCAGUAAGAAAAACAACCUUGCAAAAUAGAGCAACUGUUGAUUUUUUGUUAUUAGCUCAUGGACAUGGGUGUGAAGAAUUUGAAGGACUUCGUUGUAUGAAUCUCAGCGAUAAUUCUUAAUCGAUACAUUGAAGCAUUGAUAAGUUGAAGAAACUUUCAGCUCAACUUAAAGAAGAUGAUGAAGAAGAGUUAAGAUGAUAGUUUGUUUAGUUGGCUUGAUAUGUUUAAUAUAGGACCUUGGUUAAAGAAAGCAUUUAUAGUAAUAUUAAUGGGACUGUUUGUAUUCCUUUGUAUUAUGCUUUGUAUUCCCUGUUUAUUAUCCUGUAUACAACGUAUGGUUAAUAGAAGUUUUGUACAAGCUUCAAUUUUGCAGCUUGAAAACAAAAAGGGGGGAAUUGUUGGGGGACAAAUUCUUUAUGACACAGCAGAGAUAGGAAGUGAUCUCAGCAAGAAAGCAUGGGAUUUAAACAAAGACAAAGCAAGUUUGUUUACAUUCACUCCCUGAAAUUCUUGCAUUAUCUAUUAAUUAGGCAGACUUGUAGAUGCUGUGGUAAAUCUCUUUAUGACUUUGUUUUGCCCCAUCUCUCAUUGUAUUUGUGAUAAAGAAAUGCCUGCUUAUCUGUUUGAUGAAAAGCAUCUCCCCAUGUUUCUUGGACUUUUAAUCCCGGCUAUGAAUGGAAGGUUUGUCCCUCCUUUCCAAACCCCUAUAUAUACCAAAAAGUUGUAACCAUUAAAUGAUUCAGUUUUAUACA